AUGGGUUAUUAUGAGUUUCGCUGCCAUUUAUGUGGCGUGAGCUUCAAUGUCUUCUUUCGCCUAAGGUCCGGGGAGCUAGACUUGUCUGAUCCUCAAGACGGCCGAUUCUUUGAGCCAGACCCGCUUGAUUCAAAGGUUUAUGAUGACAUGGUUGAAGACCUUGACUAUCAACCCCCAAAAGAUAUUGGUGACAAUGAUCCAUAUGAAUAUGAUUCCGAUUACGAAUCGACCGAUAGCAUGAGCCUUGACGGAGAAGAUGCGCGUGACAAUGGAGAUAGCGAAGACAGCAGUACUGAUACAAAUCAAGACCCCGAAAGGAAAAUGUAUGACCACUGGGUAUGGCAAACUUUCAAGCGGCCUGGCCUUACAGAUGAUUUGCUUCGCGUUGGAUUCCUUGAUAACCCAACGGGCGGCUAUUCGGUGGAUGCUAUCUCACCUGAACAGGCGAGCGGCUGUCGCACCGCCCAGUUCCUGGUGCAUAACUCACUCCAGAGGGAUACAUGGAAGUCUGAUGAACUACAUGAGCCAUGGGAGAUCGAUGGGGAUUGGUCUUUAUCCGGGAUUUGUGAUGGAGCGCCGAUGGACCCAAUAGUGUUUCCCAAGCGAAAUGGGUUGGAAUAUUUCGAGGCAGAUGAUACGUUCAUUUCUAACAUACCACCGAAUGAAAUAGCCAUGCCAUUCCAUCCGUGGUGCUUUGAUAUCUUCUGCCGACAAUCCAAAGUCCAGUUUCAAUGCAUCAAUGCGUCAGGGCUGAUGACCUGGCGUAAUUCUGAGUUUGACUAUGAUUCACGUGACUCAUUUCCUCGAUGCAAAGAGGUUAAAAGUUCACAGAAGCAGUGGUGGUUUCAUCAGCCUGGUACCGAGUAUCUGAUUGCAAACCCCCUUGACGUGCCUGGACUACCAGAAAUACUUCUGGCUGCGGUCGAGAACCAAGAAUCCGAUGCCUCUUAUGACCCAUCGUAUGAGAUUGAAUCGUCUCAAUCCCCGACGAAACGCCCUGUACCAUCUCACAAUAGUCAAGCCGACUUCCUCUCUGUCCUUCCGGCCGAAAUCCGGCUCAUGAUUAUCGACUAUUUAGACUCUAGUGACAUUGCUAGUCUAACCGUUGCUUCCAAGGCAUUCACUGAACUCCCAAAUACUGUGUGGUAUAGACUAGUACGCCGAGAAAUGCCCUGGUUAUGGGAAGCCUGGGAUGAAUCCGAAUGCAUACACAGCCCUUCGAUGUGGACAAAUAUGCAAACAGCCGAGCUCAAGUCUAUGAUCAGAUUACGAAAAUUUUAUGUUGAGGGCUUGCUGGUGGAUUGGUACACAGAGCGUGACGCCGAGAAAGCUGCUGAACACCGAUAUCCUAUGACAGUGACCAUGCCGGACCAGGUGAAAUUACCUAUAAGGAACACCGACUGGCGUCGUGUUCUGAUGCAAAUUCAACGCAAUUGGGACAUGCUUAAGGGGUUGCAGAAUCGACAGCGGAUCUGGACCGAUGUGGAGGAGAUUAUAAGGCGGAUUCGCAAGUUGGACGCAUAG